AUGACAUAUGCACAAGUAUUGCCAUAUCUCCUCGAUUUGAAGUUAGUACAAUUGAGGACUCUAGCCACUCCUGCUAAGUUGCCUGCUAAUUGGGAUGCCAAUGCGAGAUGUGAAUUCCACUCUGGGGCACCUGGACAUAGCAUUGACAACUGUAAAGCGUUGAAGCAUCAGGUUCAAAAUCUUCUCGACUCUAAGGCCAUUGAGUUUACUCCUACUCAAGGACCUAAUGUUGUUCAGAAUCCUAUGCCUCCCCAUGGAGCUCACGCUGCAAAUGCCAUCGAGUCCGUUGAAGAUACUCGCUUGGUCAAGGAUGUGAUUGAAUUGGGCUCUCUGUUGCCAUUAUUGAAGGAGGAAUUAUUAAGGAUGGGUCUAUACUCUGGUUGUGGAGAGUUCUGUACUGACUGCAUGGCCAUUUCCUCAGUUUGUGAUAAGGUGAAAAGGGGGGUUCAACAGUUGAUGGAUAAUGCGUAUCUACAGUUUGAGCGUGUGCGACAUCCUGAAAUAGUUGAGAAUGAAGUCAAUGUGGCAUCCAUCCCGUAUAUUCUUGCCAAGAUUCCAAUUCCUGCCAGAGCACCUCCUUUGGUCAUUACAUUGCCUGGUCCCGUCCCGUAUAACAGUGAAAAAGCAGUCCCGUGGAAUUAUGGGGGAGAAGUUUUCUACCAAGGGGCCAAGUAUGAGAUUAAAAUUCCGGUUGAGAAAGAAGACGUGGAUAAUGUUGUUGGCAUUGGAAGAAUGACAAGGAGUGGUCGUAUUUUCAAUCCUCCCCAGAAUACUCGCGAUGAUAAUACAGAAGCUCCAGCUCAAGCAAAAGGGAAAAGAGUUGUAGAAGAUACAGUGGAUCAGUGGAAAAGCUCUAAUUCUGAAGAUACUGUGGCCAAAGAGAUGGAAGAGUUCCUAAAGAUCAUCAAGAAAAGUGAGUAUAAAGUGGUUGACCAACUGAGUCAAACUCAGUCAAAGAUUUCGAUUUUGCAGUUGCUCCUGUGUUCGGAGACACAUCGAAAUGCUUUAUUGAGACUUUUAAGUACAGCCUUUGUCCCGCCGGAUAUCUCAGUGAAUCAACUUGAAGGAGUGGUGUCAAACAUCAACGCUGGUAAUGGAUUGGGAUUCACUGAUGCAGACUUGCCUUCCGAAGGUAGAAACCACAAUAGAGCUUUGCAUAUAUCAGUGGAGUGUAAAGGGACUAUGUUAUCACGUGUUCUCGUGGAUAAUGGAUCUUCUUUCAAUGUAUUACCGAAGUCGUCUUUGAUGAGGCUAGAUUAUUCUGGUGUUGAGAUAAGGCCGAGUGAACUGACGGUGAGAGCUUUUGAUGGCUCAAAGAGAUCAGUGUUUGGGGAAGUUGACUUGCCGAUAAUGAUAGGCCCCCAGCUCUUCACCAUUACUUUCUUUGUGAUGGAUAUCCACCCGUCUUACAUUUGUCUCCUAGGACGUCCAUGGAUCCAUGCUGCUGGGGCCGUGACUUCCACAUUGCAUCAGAAACUCAAAUUUGCGACUCAGGGAAAGAUAGUCACAAUAUGUGGGGAAGAAGAACACAUGAUAAGUCAUCUUGCGUCCUUCAGAUAUAUCGAGGUGGAAGGAGAGGUCCACGAGACGCCUUGCCAGGCCUUUGAGGCUGUCCAGACUAUCAAGAUCCCUUAUGUUGAAAAUAAGAAGUUGGAGGCCCCCAUGUCUUCACUAAAGGAAGCUAAAGUUGUGGUUGAAUCUGGUCAUCCUGAAGGAUGGGGCCGAGUCUUGGAUUUACCAAUCAAGCAGGAUAAAUGUGGGAUUGGAUAUCAGUUGGGUCAGAGUUCAUCUAAUGGGGCCCCCAAGAAGCCCGGAACCUUUGUUCCGAUCAAGUUCUCUAGUGCUGGCAUUGUCAAAGAUCAUGUUUGUGCUGCUGAUGAUGAUAUGGAUAGCGAUUAUGACAUUGAAGAAUGGAUCAAGCCGUGUGUCCCAGGACAGAAGCUUCUCAACUGGUCGUCCGAGGACAUCAUCUCAAUUGCUUUUGAUCAAAAAUCCACUUCUCCUCCAGAUUCUGUUGAUAACGGUCUUGCUAUGCCUCGUUCUGACUUCGACAAUCCUAUCUAUAUCGCUGAAGAAGGGGAUGAAGAAGAUUAUGAACUCUCUGAUGAGUUGGCCAGAUUGAUUUUCCGUUGGCAAAUGAUCUUGACAGAAUAUGACAUACAAUACACUACACAGAAAGCCAUUAAAAGUAGUGUGAUCGCUGAUUAUCUUGCGCAUCAACCUGUGGAUGAUUACCAGACUAUGCACUUUGAGUUUCCUGAUGAGGAUAUAAUGUGUGUGGCAGAGACUUCUAAUAGUCAAGAUCAAGAGGAAGGACCAGAACCAGGGGCGCGAUGGACGCUUGUGUUCGAUGGUGCUUCUAAUGCAUUGGGCAAUGGUAUUGGUGCUGUGCUUACUUCUCCGACAGGGGCAACUCCUUUCUUAUUGGUGUAUGGCAUGGAAGCAAUCCUUCCGGUUGAGGUCGAGAUUCCUUCAUUAAGGGUAUUGACAGAUGUGAAGCUCAGUGAAGCUGAUUGGGUUCAGACCAUAUUUGAUCAACUGAACCUCAUUGAUGAAAAGAGAUUAGCGGCUAUAUGCCAUGGGCAAGCUUAUCAAAAGAAGAUGAAGAAAGCCUUCGACAAGAAGAUUCGUCCUCGACACUUUCAGGUUGGUGACCUUGUGCUCAAGAAGAUCCUGCCUAUUCACAAUGACCCUAGGGGUAAGUGGACUCCGAAUUACGAAGGGCCUUAUGUCGUAAAGAAAGUAUUCUCAGGUGGCGCCAUGAUCCUCUCAACUAUGGAUGGUGAGGACUUUCCACUCCCCGUGAAUGCCGACGCAGUUAAAAAAUACUUCACAUAG